ACUGAGAGAUUAGGUUUCUCUGUUGGUACACCUGCUUUGCACCCACAGCCAUUGGAUCUCCAGCUCUCCACCUACUGAUGCACUGCCGAGGAACCAUGGGUCUGUUAGGGACAAAGCAAUCGUGUAUCUUCGACUUAUAUCUGGUCACAAUCUCACUGAUGAUUCUGGGGGUCUAUGCAACUUGCCCGAGUGUCUGCAACUGUAGAGUUUAUAGCACCGGUAAGAUGGUACAUUGUCAGGGAGAAAAUCUCACAGCAAUCCCUGCUGGGCUGCCUUUCGACACCGUCAUCCUUCAGCUGGGACACAACAAACUUACCAGGCUGGAAGCUGACGCGUUCUCCGGACUCCGGCAACUGAGGAAACUUUAUCUUUAUAAUAAUGAAAUCGUUGAGAUAGAAGAUGGCGCGUUUCGAGGUCUGCCGAAUGUGAAACAUCUGGAUCUCACGAGUAACAAAAUCAGUGUAAUAACGAACCGUACCUUCGAAGGAAUCCCUUACUUGGAGAGGUUGAACCUUGGAAAUAAUCUCUUGUCUUCAUUACCGAGUGGCGUCUUCAGACAAGUCCCCCUAUUACUGGAGCUGGAAUUGAGGAGGAACAACAUUCAUGAAUUUCCGGUCGACGUCUCGCGAGACUUAGUGAACGUCGAGAUACUAGACCUGUCUUUCAACCCAGCAAGUUUGCUGUUGACUCCUAUCUUUGGACAAAUGGUGGCUUUGCAACAUCUCAAACUGAAUUAUCUUUUUGACGUAAACAGUGCAUUGGUGGAGGAUUCCAUUUCAGAGUCGGCAUUUGAUGGAUUAUCGAAUUUAACAAAUCUCGAGCUCAACGGUAACCGUCUCACUAAAAUUCCCUCAGCAGUCAAAUCUCUUCCAUACUUAACGUCUAUAGAAUUGCAAUCUAACUCCAUUCGAACUAUUAAUGCUGAUGAUUUUUACCGCCCCAUCCUUCUCGAGGUGCUCGAUCUUUCUUACAAUUCCCUGGUUGAACUUCCUACCUCUGCCUUGGCAGAGUUCCCACACCUCACAGAUUUGAUAUUAGACUUCAACCCUAUCUCGGUGAUAGGAGCCCGGGCAUUUUUUUACAACCCUCACCUAGCCACCUUGUACAUGGCUUACACCAAUCUGACAACCAUCAACGAAGAUGCAUUUAUGGGUCUGGGUCGGCUCGAUACUCUUUACCUGAAAGGCAACAAUUUGACCACCGUAGUGGACGGAGCAAUGAAUUACGUUAACCCCGAAGUAAAUCUCAUAAUAUCUGGGAAUCCUAUCCGCUGUGAUUGCCAUUUGCGCGGGUUUGCAGCGUGGCUCAAAAACAACCACAAUGGAACGGUUAAUCGAGGUAGUCCUCUUCAAUGUGUUACACCCGACCGUCUAAAUGAUAGCUCUGUGGUCGAUCUUCUUCCCAAUAAAUUCGCUUGCGAACCACGUUCAACUUCCCCUAAUGUCACAGUCUCAGUGCAUCUUGAAACCAAUGCCCUUUUAGCAUGUGCUAUCGACGCAGACCCAAUUUUACAAUCUUUCUGGAUUACCAAAAGUCACGGAUUUAUCUAUCCAGACCAACCUCAGCCGCCCUUCGCCAUGGCGGAUAAUGGUUCCUUGUUAAUAACCAAUGUUAGCCUUUCCAACGAAGGACUCUACACAUGCGUAGUCAGCAAUCAUGCUGGGGAAGCUCAGAGCUCUGUCGAACUUCGCAUACUACUCUCACCGGUGCCUGAAGCAACUGCAACACCAACUGCAACACCAUUUGCAACACCAACUUCAGCACCAACUGCAAAACCCACUGGUAACAACUUACCUGUCAUAUCAAUCUUUGUGAUUUCUGGCAUCCUGUUUUUCGUGAUGGUAGUGUUACUUGUGCUCAUCAGAAGAGGCACCAUUGCCAGAAAUAAGUGUUUCAAGGAUAAAGAACACGGUCAAGGCGAAGUCGCAGUGAACAUAAUCUACAAUAUACCAAAUGGACACACGAAUGCGGCAUUUCAGCUCGGCCAGCCUGAGGAUGAUAGCGACGAUGAGAACUACAUGGUACCUGGACUAAAUACCUUGCCAUCUCGGAACGCCCCAGCAGCACCAGAACAACGAACAACCCCUCCAGCACAACUGCUAUCCCGUCCACUACCACUACCACCACCACCACCACAGGCAGCAUCACAGACACCAGAAGCAGCAGGAUCACAAGCACAACCACCACCAGCACCAGCACAAUCACAACCAUCAGCAACUCCACCGCCAGCAUCACCAGGCUACGAGGACAUGGAAGCCAUUCAACCUGAUCGCCUAAUUGGUUAUGUUGAUGAUAUGGUUGCAGACCAGUAAAUAAACUUCC